CAGCAGCACCAGCACCUCCAGCAGCACCAGCGCCUCCAGCAGCACCAGCAACCUCCAGCUGAGCCGCAAACCUCUACAACAGAGAUGGAUUACGGCCACCAUUACGCCCACUUCAACGCCUCCGAAUACGACUACGACUACAACUACACCUCCUGGAACGGGAGCAACGGCUCGAUCCCGGCGGACUUCGACUCGUCGUCGGACUGGUGCGAGGCGGACGAGCGGCAGGAGCGAAUCAUCCGCAUGUUCCAGACCGCCGUCUUCUGCGUCAUCUUCCCGCUGGGCGUGGCGGGGAACUGCCUGGUGAUCGCCACCUUCGCGCUGUACCGCCGGCUGCGGCUGCGCUCCACCACCGACGUCUUCCUGUUCCACCUGGCGCUGGCCGACCUGCUGCUGCUGCUCACGCUGCCGCUGCAGGCCGUCGACACCCACCUGGGCUGGGUCUUCCCCGCCGCGCUGUGCAAGGCGCUGCGGGCGUGCUACGCCGUCAACACGUACAGCGGGCUGCUGCUGCUGGCGUGCGUCAGCGUGGACCGCUACAUGGUGGUGGCGCGGGCGCAGGACAUGCUGCGGCUGCGCGGCCGCAUCCUGACGGGCGGCAAGGUGGCGGCCGUGGCCGUGUGGCUGGCGGCGGCGCUCCUCAGCCUGCCCGAGAUCCUGUACUCCGGCGUGUCCGGCAGCGGCAGCGACGCCUACUGCGGCAUGCAGGCCGGCUGGCGGGUCAAGAUGGCCGCCUACGGCGCCGUCAUCGCCGUCUUCUGCCUGUCCCUGGCGGUGAUGGUGGGGUGCUACGGCGCCAUCGCGCGCGUGCUGUGCGCCGGCCACGCCCGGCGGCGGGGCAAGCAGUGGCACCGCCAGCGCACGCUGAAGCUGAUGGUGGCGCUGGUGCUGCUCUUCCUGCUCUUCCAGCUGCCCUACACCGCCGUGCUGUCCCGCAAGAUGGCGGGCCAGUUCUGCGGCCUGCUGCCGGAGUACGUCACGUGCACGCUGGCGUUCACGCGCUGCUGCCUCAACCCGGUGCUCUACGCGCUGGUGGGCGUGCGCUUCCGGCGGGACGUGCUGCGGCUGCUGCACGACUCGGGCUGCGCCCGCGGCCUCCGGCUGGCGGCGCCGUCGCUCGGCUCCACCUCCACCUCGCCCACCUCCCUCCCCCCGACGUCCCCCGCCAGCGACGCGCCGUCCACCGCCAAGUUCCACUUCCCGACCGUCAAAAGAACCGACUGA